AUGGUACAAUUAAAUUACUGAAGUCUCUUGCACCGAGAUCAUUCAACAUUAAUUGUAACUGUUUUUAUUCCUCAAAUAAAAUUUAAUAUCUUAAGAAAACGAAUGGUAAAAAGCGGCUUAAACGAUUUAUCGUAAGACAAUUAUUGAAACAUACCACUGAUUCAAAAUAAUUUUACGGAUAACGCAAUAUUGUUGAAGACAAUUUUUAUAAUUAUAUAUCAUUAUACAUAUCAUUUAAUUUUAUAAAUAUCAUUAAAUAUAUUACACAAAAUAGAGCUCUACUUACGGUUUGAAUCUUUUGGGUGUACUAAAGAAAAUGGACACGUAUCUACAUUUAAUCGUCGUCAUUGUCCUGUGCAUUUAGUACAUACUUAUCCAUGUAUAGUGCAACACCCGCACAUACCACACUUCAAAAGUAUUGAAAGAUCAUGGCGCCGAACCAACGUCAACGUCAGCUUUUUAUUUCAAAGAAAGAAUUGAAAAAGCUCAAUGGCAGAAGAUUCUCAAAACCAGAAGAAUCAUCUGAUGUUGGUCUUAUUUAUCCUAGUGUGGAUACAGCGUUUAAAUUGCUUUUGUCAGUCAGAUUUUUUUCUGCUAUAUGGAGUCAUAUAACAGAUUGCGAUGAAACAUAUAAUUAUUGGGAACCAAGCCACUAUUUGCUUUAUGGAACUGGUCAACAGACGUGGGAAUACAGUCCCCAAUAUGCAUUAAGAUCUUAUGUGUAUUUGUUAAUUCAUAUGGUACCAGCAAAGGUUUAUCAUUAUUUGUUGGAACCAAAUCCUGUUCUAGUCUUCUAUUUUGUAAGGUGCCUGUUGUGCGUGGGUUGUGCACUGUCUGAAGUGUACUUUUAUAAAAAUGUGUGCAGAGAAUUUGGAAUUCAUAUAGGAAGAUUAACUUUAGUCUUCCUUAUUGUGAGUUCUGGAAUGUACAUUGCUAGUGCUGCAUUCUUACCAUCUUCUUUUUCAAUGUACUUAAGCACUGUUGCUACAGCAGCUUGGUAUGGUCGUCAGUAUGAAUUGGCUAUCUUCGCCACUGCUAUAUCUGCCUUAUUAGGGUGGCCCUUUGCUGCAUUACUUGGAUUUCCAAUUGCAAUAGAAAUGUUAAUUCGUAAACAGGAUUGGAUUAAAUUUAUAAAGUGGGUUAUCAUAUCUGGUGUUGUUAUAUUGGUACCAAUGGUAUGGAUUGAUUCAAUGUAUUAUGGCAAAUUAGUAAUAGCACCGUUAAACAUUGUAAUGUACAAUGUUUUUACUAAUCAUGGUCCAAAUCUUUAUGGAACAGAACCUCUCAGUUAUUAUAUCUAUAAUGGAUUUUUAAAUUUUAAUUUCAUUUUCAUUGGUGCACUUUGGGCUCCAUUUGGAUUGUUUUUAGUAUGGUUGCUCAUACCAGCACAUCCAAGGGACAGACAGUGUUUAUCAUAUUGGUAUUCUCUGGCACCUUUAUAUUGCUGGUUUUUGGUCUUUUUCUUUCAGCCACAUAAGGAGGAACGAUUUUUAUUUCCUGUAUAUCCUAUGAUUUGUUUAGCUGGGGCAGUAGCUGUGGAUGUCAUUCAAAAAUUAUACUUUUUCAUUAGAACAAAACUCAGUCCCUUACAUAUUGCUUAUCAUUAUUCGCAAUACACUGUUCAUAUUACUCUCCUUACUGUUUUAAUAUGUGGUUUUCUUGGUACCUCAAGAUCACUGGCAAUAUAUAAAGGGUACUAUGCCCCAAUGGAAAUAAUGAUCGAAACUAAUAAGUUUGGAUCAGAGGGCGAUAUUUUAAAGGACACUAAUAUUAAUUUUUGUCUUGGCAAAGAGUGGCAUCGAUUUCCAAGUAGCUUUUUCUUCCCAUCAAAUAAUUGGAAACUUCAAUUUUUGAAAUCAGAAUUUAAAGGGCAAUUACCACAACAUUUCCUAAAUCAGGAAAAUGCAACUAGUGUAAUUCAACCUAAUUUUAAUGACAUGAACAGGGAAGAACCGUCGCGAUACUUUAAUUUAGAAAAGUGUCACUUUGUAUUAGAUUUGGAUGUUGGAACUGAGACUGCUCUGGAACCAAAUUAUUCUCGAUUAAGUGACAAUUUCACAGUAAUAAGGUCUUCUAAAUUUUUAGAUUCUACUAGGUCACAUAGAUUUUUCAGAGCAUUCUAUAUACCUUUUGUAUCUCGUAAAUUUUGUACAUACGGUUCAUAUAAUUUGUUGCAAAAUACUAAAUUUAAGUUAACUUCCCAUGUGUCAAAGGAAAAAACUACAAAGUCCUCUUGAACAGAAUAUGUCUAUAAUUUUAAUGUACAGGGUUUAUAUCAGGGAAAUUAUAUUACAAAGAAUUAAGUAAUUUAAAGUAAUUAGAAAUGGAUAAUUAAUCAAUUAUAUCGUGUGCGUUUAAAUUUUGUUGAAAUUUCUAAUACAAAGUGAAUUCCAAAUUAAGCAUUAAAUAUGCAUUAAGUACGUCAUGAAAACUUUUUGUAUAAAAAUUUCUAUUACAUCAAGGCUCACUGUUCUGUAAUGAACAAUAAUUAAUCUAAUCAUAAAUGUUACUGAUACGAAUAACACAUGGAUACAUAUUAAAUAUUGUAUGUGACAAAAUAUGUGUAUAUUGGCUUGAACACGUACUAAUAUAUAUGAAUCAUUUAUGAAUAUCUGAGAAAUUAUACAGAGAUUACAUAUUUCUUGUCUCCUAAAGUACUUCACAUAAUAAAAACAAUAAAGUAACUGGAAUAUUACAUUUUUACUAAGAAUUUUUAAUUAAAUACACAGGUACGUUCGCAUAUGAUUGAGAAUUUAUUUUGUAAUCAACAAUGUUUUGUACAUAUGUAAGUGAAAAUUAAGGUAGUAUAUUUUUAAAGAUGUAUAUAUUAUUGAUUUCAAUUGUAAAUAUACCAUAAAUUAUUCUAGUAUCUCUUAAAAAUAUUAUUUAAAUUUAAAUGUUGUUUUUCUAAGACGAAGUUACAUAAUUCUAAAAAUAGUAUACACUUUUUAAUAUAGUAUAAAAGUCUAUUGAGAAAUGCUGAAUUAAUGUCUG